AUGGUGUCCAAGAGGGGGGGCUGCUGCGGGUGGCUGAUCGUGGCGCUGGUGCUGGCGCUCGUGGCCACGGCGGCGGUGGUGGCCAUCAUGAAGCGGAAGCCCGGGGGAGGAGGAGGCGGCGGCUCGAGCCGCCGCCCCAAGCCGCUCCCCGUCCCCGGCCCGCCCGGCGACGUCGACUCCAAGUACGGCGACUCGCUCGGGAUCGCGCUCCAGUUCUUCCAGGUCCAGAAGGCGGGGAAGCUGGUGGACAACCAGAUCCCGUGGCGGGGCGACUCGGCGCUGGACGACGGGAAGGAGGCGAAGCUGGAUCUCUCCAAGGGGCUCUACGACGCCGGGGAUCACAUGAAGUUCACCUUCCCCAUGGCGUUCACGGCCACCGUGCUCGCCUGGUCCAUCCUCGAGUACGGGGACCAGAUGACCGCCGCCAAGCAGCUCGACCCUGCGCUCGACGGGCUCCGCUGGAUCACCGACUUCCUCAUCGCCGCGCAUCCGUCAGACAACGUGUUGUACAUUCAGGUUGGUGAUCCUGAUCUAGAUCACAACUGUUGGCAAAGGCCAGAAACAAUGACUGAGAAAAGGCCGCUCACACAGAUUAACCCAAAGUCCCCUGGAUCAGAUAUCGCUGCUGAGGCAGCAGCGGCCAUGGCAGCAGCCUCAAUGGUUUUCAAAUCCAGUGACACUAAAUACUCGGAUACACUUCUUCAACAUGCACAGAAGUUGUUUACUUUCGCUGAUACUUACAGAGGCAUCUCUAGUGACACCUAUCCAAAGCUCCAGAGCUAUUAUAAUUCAACUAGUUAUGUUGAUGAGCUCCUGUGGGCGGCGAGUUGGCUCUAUCACGCCACAGGAGAUCAGACGUAUCUCAGUUACGUGACUGUGCAAAAUGGGAAGGCUUAUGCUGAUUGGGGAAGGCCAACAUGGUUCAGCUGGGACGACAAGCUCCCGGGGACACAGGUUCUCUUGUCAAGAGUCAAUUUCUUUGGAUCCAAACAGACGUCUAAUGCUGAAAACAUGGGGCUCAAAUCGUACAGAGACACUGCCGAAGCUGUCAUUUGUGGGCUUCUACCCGAUUCUCCAUCAGCCACUGGUAGUAGGACUGGCGGGGGGUUGGUGUGGAUAAGUGGGUGGAAUUCUCUGCAGCAUGCCACAAAUGCAGCAUUCCUUGCUGUUGUUUACAGCGACUACAUGCUGACAUCUCAAACAGCAGCAGUGGAGUGCAGUGGAAAGUAUUUUAGUCCAACAGAUAUCCGCAAUUUCGCUAUAUCACAGGCGAACUACAUAUUGGGCGACAACCCAAUGAAGCUUAGCUACCUGGUGGGAUAUGGGAGCAACUAUCCGCAGCAGGUACACCACAGGGGGGCAUCGAUCCCCUCGGAUGCGAAAACAGGCUGCAAAGGAUUCGACUACCUCCACUCGACCAGUCCGAACCCAAAUAUUGCCACAGGAGCCCUUGUGGGCGGGCCAUUUCAGAAUGACUCCUUUGUAGACUUGCGUGACAAUGCGGUGCAGACAGAGUCAAGCACUUACAACAGCGGCACCUUGGUAGGCCUGCUCUCAGGUCUUGUCACCAUGUCGUCCAUCGCCAAGACAUUCACCUAGAGCUUUUUUCAAGUGGCGACGGCUUUCAUCAGCCCAGGAAGCAUGAACAGUCGAGAGAUUUUCUUGGAUCUGGCGAUGGUAAUGCGCUGCCAUUGAGACGCCUUGCAGUUAGGUGGUGAUUAGCAGUAGUUAGAAGUGCCAUAUUUUUCUUGCUUGGUUUGCCGGUGUACUGUGGUAGCUACGAGCCUAUGAGUAUUGUAUUAGCAGGGCUGAUUUCAUUUGUUGAUUCUGAGGUGGUUCAUUCUGGGUGGCUCUGCUGGUAUGUAAUGGCUUCCCAGUGAGACCUGCAUUGGAUAUGUACAAUCACAUGUAUGCGCUUUUUUUACUGUAUGUUCCAUGCAUAGAGAAGAACACCUGGCAAUUAUGCUGGGAAAAGAAACAUGUGUUCAUAGUGACA